AUGACACCUCUCACGGCUGUAGAAGUUGUCGGGUCACAAAUAGCGCUUGGGCACGAUUCCGGCUCAGAGCAGCAGCAGCAGCGUGCUGUCCCGCCAAGCCAUGAACAAGUUCCGUAUGUUACGCCACCCGGUUUAUCGCAUCUUCACGCAACAAACGGUAACCUGGCGCUGAAUGCAGCUGCGCUGAGUAGCAUGCACAACGUUGGAACGGUGGCAGCAGCAGCAGCAGCUGGUAUGAUUGGACAGUAUACUCCGGUAGCAUCCGUUGCAGCGGCUGCAGCUGCAGCUGCUGCAGCAGCGUCACGCGCUGGUGCCAGUACUUCAAAAACUUCGCAG